AUGGGGUUUGUUUUUCUUUGUAGUAGCUUUCUCUAUAAUAGUUGCUCAGAUUGGUCCAACCGGGGCUGCUCUUGUUUAAUUUUUCCUUAUUCUUUUUGCCUGGGCAAGGUGUUUGUUAUUUGGUAUGGAAAUCUGCCAAGAGUGGUCGUCUCCUCUCCGGACCUUGUUAAGGAAAUUUUCUUCAACAAGUCUACUCAUUUUCACAGUGGACUAGAUUCGCUCGCGGUGAAGUUGCUUGGUGGAGGUCUUAUUACCCACAAUGGUGAGAAAUGGGCCCGUCACAGAGGAAUACUGAAACCUGGAUUGACUAGAGGAAAACUAAAGGAGACUUUCUCAGCUUUUUCUUCUAGCUGCACUGAAAUGAUCUCUAGAUGGAAUAAGCUGGUUGGUCCCUGUGGGCACCGGGAACUAGAUGUGUCCAUUGAACUACGACAGCUUAUCAAAGAGAUUCACUCCAAAACUAUAUAUGGUAGUAGCUAUGCAGAAUUAAAGCGGGUAUUCGAACUUCAGGCAGAACAAGCCAAGCUAUCAGCGACAUCACUUUGGGAAAUUUAUUUCCCUGCAUUUAGCUUUGCCACAGAAACUAACAUCAGGAAAAAGAACAUACACGCAGAAGUGACAUCUAUGUUGAUGAAUUUGAUAAGUAAAAGAUUAGAGGAGAUGAAAGUGGGAAAUCCUAGUAACGAUAAUGUUCUGGGUGUAAUGUUGCAAUCGUAUAUAAGCAGCACGAUCCAAGAGGAUGGAGGUUCAAAGGAAGUGGGGAUGUCAAUAGAGGACAUCUUGGAGGAAUGCAGGUUACUUAGUAUUGCACACGACACAACUUCGGCACUGGCGACAUGGGCGAUGGUAGCUCUAGCCAUGCAUCCACUAUGGCAAAACCGUGCAAGGGACGAGAUACUUCAGUUAUGUGGGAAGCAGAUUCCCACGUUUGACAACCUAAACCAACUAAAGAUUGUUACCAUGAUUCUUUAUGAGGUUCUGCGAUUGUAUACUGGUCUGCCGCUGUUACUUCGGCGAACGUACCAGAGUGUGACGAUCGGGCAGUACACCCUCCCGGCUGGUGUUGAAGUAUUGAUCCCCAUACUCCUUAUCCAACAUGACAAAGAAAUUUGGGGUGACGACGCAGACAAGUUCGAUCCGGACCGAUUCUCCAAGGGCGUUUCAAAUGCCUCGAAGCAUAAAAUGGGCUUCAUUCCAUUUGGUUGGGGACCGAGGAUCUGCCUCGGACAAGCGGUUGCAAUCACUGGAGCAAAAUUGGCACUAGCCAUGAUUCUUCAACAUUUCUCCUUUGAGCUCUCACCAUCUUAUGUCCACGCUCCUUAUGUUGCUGUGUCCGUGCAGCCUCAGCAUGGUGCUCCUCUUAUCUCAAGACAACUAUGAGAUUAUGGUUCCUGAAAGGACAAUAUGGCUUUGCACCGUUUACCGUGCAGGCACCCAGGGACGGACCAUAUAGCUAUUGUGUUUCACUUGAGUUGCAGCAACAUUGAAUAAUUCUGUGUUCUGCUCAUAUUUCUUGAUUUCAGUAGAUUGAAUAUUUGGCACUAA